AUGGCGCCGGCUGUAGACCAGGACCUUGCGCCAGGCGACUUGACGAGCGAGACAGGGUCACGGACGCUUGCCGAGUCCGGCGCAACGGCAUCGCCAAAUCGCAUCCUGAGCAGGUUGGAUACGCAAUUCUCCUCGGCCAGCGGCUCUCGCGACCGACGCAGCGAUGCCGACGACAACGAAGACGAGGCGCUGCGCAAUGCGCUCUCUGCGACGACGUCUCCAAGCUCCAUGACGUCGCCCCCGCCUUACUGGCCCCAUGCCGGCUCGCACCAGCGAACAAUCUCCAGCAUGUCGGCCGAGUCUAUCCUGCCUGUAGGCGCGAUAAGGCUAUUUGAUCGUGACACAAACGACGACGACAGGAACAGCGCGUGUUGGGCGAAGAGCGUGGAGAUUACCGACUACAUCAUCGUCAAUGGCAGCAACACAAACAUUGGCGCAUUUGUCGUGUGGAAUGUUCGAGUCGAAACGCUCACUGGAAGCUAUAUGAAUAUUCGAAAGCGCUACUCCGAGUUCGACGACUUCCGGCAGAAAUUGACAUUAUCAUUUCCAAACUUCAAAGCGGCGGUGCCGGAACUACCGCCCAAGAGCGCAAUCUUCAAAUUCCGGCCCAAGUUUCUAGAGAAGCGCCGAGCUGGACUGCAAUAUUUCUUAAACUGUAUCCUAUUAAACCCGGAGUUUUCGGGGUCACCUGUCCUCAAUGACUUUCUGUUUGCAUAA